GGGGCCGGCGGCGACCGUGCCAUGCGGGCCCCCCCCCCACCGGCGGCGGCGGGGCGGGCGGGCAGCGGCGCCCCAUGCGGCUGGGGCGGCCGGGCGGCGACUGACACCAUGUACGCCCGGUGCCCGGGGCGAGGAGCGGGGAGCAGCCAUGUCCCCCCCCGCCCAGCCGGGGGUGCCGGGCGGGCGCGGCUCUAAGGGGCCGCCGGCGCGGAAGCUCCUCUGCAUGUGCAGCCUCUCCCUCUGCCUCACCUACCUGUGCUACAGCCUGAUGGGGGGCACCGGUCCGGCCGCCCUGCGCUCCCCCGCCGCCCUUCCCGGCACGGCGGCCCCGCGUUCCCCCGCCGCCCUUCCCGGCACGGCCGCCCCUGGGGCCCCGCGUUCCCCCGCCGCGCUCCCCGGCACGGCGGCCCCGCGCUCCCCCGCAAACCCGCCGGGCAGCCCCGGCGACCCGGCCCCCUCCGCCGCUCCGCCGCGGGCCUCCAACGGCAGCCGGGAAGGGGCGGCGGGCGCCUGGCUGCGGACGCCGCUGGCCCCCGGGGAGGUGAUCACGGCGCAGAGCGGAGCCUUCGAGAGGGACCCGCAGGAGUCGAGCACCACGGACGAGGAGCUGAGCCGGGCCGGCAGCCCGGGCAGCCGCGGCGGCGGCAGCAGCAGCACCACGCCGGACUACGGGGAGAAGCGGCUGCCGCAAGCCCUCAUCAUCGGGGUGAAGAAGGGGGGAACGCGGGCGCUGCUUGAAGCCAUCCGGGCACACCCCGACGUGCGGGCCGUGGGCACCGAGCCCCACUUCUUCGACAGGAACUACGAGAAGGGGCUGGAGUGGUACAGGAAUGUGAUGCCCAAGACGCUGGAUGGACAGAUCACCAUGGAGAAGACCCCCAGCUACUUCGUGACCAAUGAGGCCCCCAGGCGCAUUCACUCCAUGGCCAAGGACACGAAGCUGAUCGUGGUGGUGCGGAACCCGGUCACCAGGGCCAUCUCGGACUACACGCAGACCCUCUCCAAGAAGCCGGAGAUCCCCACCUUCGAGGUGCUGGCCUUCAAGAACCGGACUCUGGGGCUGAUUGAUGCCUCUUGGAGUGCAAUCCGCAUCGGGAUUUAUGCCCUGCACUUGGAGAACUGGCUCCAGUACUUCCCCCUCUCCCAGAUCCUGUUUGUCAGUGGUGAGAGGCUCAUCACUGACCCAGCAGGGGAAAUGGCCAAGGUCCAGGACUUCCUAGGCCUCAAAAGGAUUGUGACAGAGAAGCUUUAUUUUAAUAAAACCAAGGGGUUUCCCUGUCUAAAGAAGCCAGAGGACAGCAGUGCUCCCCGAUGCUUGGGCAAGUCCAAGGGUCGAACUCACCCCAAAAUAGACCCAGAUGUCAUUCAUAGACUGCGGAAAUUUUACAAACCCUUCAAUGUCAUGUUUUACCAAAUGACAGGCCAAGAUUUCCAGUGGGAGCAGGAAGAAAGUGAUAAGUAGAAAUACAAGAUCAGGAAAAAACCUUUUUUUUUUUUUUUGAGAUGGGAGUCAUCAUGUGAGACUCAAAACUCACUCGGGGCCAGAGGCUCAGCCCUGUGUGUUCCAGGCUCUUGUGCUGUCCGGGCUGCAACCAAAGUUGCUCCGUGUGUCCACUUCUGAAACUGUAGUGGCUUGUCACCUUGGGCUGCUCUCGGGCUCUCCCCACCACGACAGCGGGGGUCAAGGGUGGGUGGGAGGAGGAGGAGGAGGCAGAGGGAGCAGGGCUCCUUGGGGUGAUGGGGUACUUUGUGUUGACAUUUCACUGCUGGUGUCCCCCUUGCCGCCAGGCAGGCAGGACCAGGCUUCCUGCCACAGCGAGCUGGGCGGGAGGGCAGCUCCCAAAACCCAGCACUGGGACAAACCCAUAUAUUUGAUUUCUCCUGCCCUGGAUUUUAGUUUUUCCCAAACAGCAGCAUCAGGUCUGGUAAAUUCAGGCCGUGUGCACUCAUAUGCACACUGCUCUUAGUGUGUGGAAGGAAUUAAGCCAGUUAUGCUGCAGUGGAACUAUGUACAGGAACUUCAUUUGCACCAGAUGUUUCAAUUACUUGUUGCACUAAAACUAGAAUUUACCAAGUGCCACAAACACCUGGGCCCAAUUCUCCUCCGACUGGUACAUCUCCACUGUUGGAAGAGAGUUGUUCCUGCUUUGCUGGGAUGCUCAGUGAGGUCAGAACUGGGAUCCCCCCAGACUCUCACCCUCCUGGAAGCUGAAAAAACAUUCCCCGGUUUUCCAGGAGCAAGCCAGGCUCCCACUGCCCGGCCAAGGCACAGCAUGAAGCCACACCUUGUCUGUGCAGCACCUCCUGGUGAGGCCGUGCCGUGCCCUGCUCGGAGCCGGGCGUUCCCGGGGGGACUGAGGGGGUGGCUGCAGGGCAGAGGUCUGAGGACAGCCCCAGCACAGGGUCUGACCAUUGGGACCCCUGGCACUGCUGUUCAUUUGCACCUUGAAAAUGCAAUCCCUGCUGCUUGCUGUGGACAGGGGUGGCAGAACAGGGAAGCAGCCUUCAUCAUACUUCAGAAUUACAAAACAGCAAUUAAUUCCCAGAGCAAGCACUGCUCAGCACACAAAACCUGGGCUUUCUAGUGGAAACGGCCAAGUCAACUAAAUUUGCAAAUCCUGGUAGAAAUUGUAGACUAAACCUAUAUCCCAACUGGAUCCUCCAACGCCAUGGGAGCUGCUUGCUGGGCCCAGCAGAGAGCAGGAGCAGUGCUUCGACACAGCUGCACGGUUCCACCUCCAUCGCUGAGGAAAAUGAGAGAGAGAACAGGCAGAGAGAGAACAAUGGGGAAGAAACACAGAGCUGCUGAAACGGUCCCUCGCACGCUCGGAUACUGCUGGCUGCUCCCUUUGCUCUGAUGAGGGCCUCCAGAGUGGGAUGUAAUGACAUGCAAGCCCCGUGCUGUUGGAGCAGGUCCCUGGCAGCAUGGAGAGCGGGAUUGCUGCGGGAGAACCAGGACUCAGCUCUGAUUAAUGUAGAACUCCCUACGGCUCCAGCUAACCAGAUGAAAUCAGCGUUGCACUGGGUGACAAGCUGAACCUACUUGGGGUUCCAGGGCCUGUCGUGUGGUUCAUUACACCAUGAAGUGGUGCUGGUGCCUUGUAUUGGAUGAUAAAAACUGAAGCCAUUCGGACAAUUUACUGCAUGGGCCAUGCUGGAGGGGCACCGCAAGGUCCCUGCUGACAUCACGUCAGUUCCCAUCAGCCUGGUCAGAUUUAAAAUCAGCUCCUGACAUAGCACAGUUUUCAGAAACCCACAAACUUCCAAAUUAUUACAGGAAAAUUGGAAGUAUGUAAUAGGAAUAAUUUUACAGUGCUUCACAUAUUAUUAAAAUGUCAGAACAGGUCCUGAACUAAACCUGUUGUUGCAUAAUUUGGAUUUGGUGCAAGAUACUUAUUGGAAGAUGAGGAGCUCCAGGCCCAGUGUUCCUGUCACCAGAGGGAUAUCCAGGAAUCUCUGCCUGUGUCCAGCAUGCUGCAGCCCUGGCACAGGGUCGGGCUGGCCCUGGCGGACAGUGGAGGUGGUGGACUGGUGGCCCUGGCUGCCCAUCAGAGGGGCUCAGCUCUGGGGGACGAUGGUUCCUGGGUGGGCCGGGGAGAUGCUGUGCCCACUGCGCCUCUCCCACCUGCCACCCCACAUCCACUCCCAUUAUUUCUGCCAUAUAUUCAGAGGUUUAUUUUUUAUACCAGAUGUCAUCUCCAGCUCGGCAGGAGCUGAUGUGUGCCCAGUGGGAGAGGAGACCCCGUUCCCCUGCCCUGAGCGGCUGCCCCAUGGACACCAACCACUUCAGCAUGGUGGGAUAGGACCCCCCGCCCCAACCCUUUCCCGAAGUACACACCAGGCACUCUGGGGUGGGCUGGGGGCACAGAGACUGGGGGAGGUUAUUCUGUUUUGUUCUUCUGAAAUGCACCCCAUGGCUGCUGCGCUGUCACCAGGGCUGGAGGGAGAAUUAUUUUCUAUAUGGCUGGAGAGUGGUGUGCCAAAUGAGAGUCAGGUUAGUAACACCUUUUUUUUUAAACUAUUCAAUGUCAGCAUUAGAAUACACAGGAAAUUGAAUUUUGUAUUUGGUUUCAAUUAGCAAAGCAUAAAUUAUAUUUAAUUUUAUAUACAGACUGGGUGAUUCAUUGUUCUGGAAAAGCUGGUACUUUCUGGUUCAGAGACUGAAAAUGGAGAGUUGGUCUGUUCUGAACCCAACCUGCUGUGCUGUCGCCUCCUCCCAAAUGCGUCUCUGUCGGUCGGUGUCUCUGUACCUGAACGACAUGACCGUCUGGAACUGAACCCUGGAACCCACAGCACUAAACAAUAAAUUGUUGUAGCAGCUGCA